UUGUCAACCGAUAAAAUCAUUGUAUAUUUGAAUAUGGAGGACGACGAAUGCCUUAUCCAAAAUUUAAUAGAUAGUGUGGAAAAAAAGAAAUGUUUGUACGACAAAAGAGAUGUAUUUUAUUUCAAUCGUACAAAUAAAGACAAAGCGUGGAAAGCAAUCGCAGAACUAUGCGGUAAAAGUGAUCUAGAAUGCAAACAUAGAUGGAAGCUACUCCGGGAGCGCUUCUGCAAAGAGAUAAAAAGGUUAGAAGCUCCAUCAGGUAGCGGAAUGAGCUACUUAGAGGAAUGGCGUUUUUUAAAACCCAUGAUGUUUCUGAAAGACUCCGUCACACCGCGUCGGUAGGUACUUUGUAUAAAUUUUAAUGUUUUUAAAUAUAACUUUUUCAUUGUACAGCACUCGUGAUAAUGCAGAAGCAAAUGCA